GCCGCCGCACGGAGAGCUCCUCUGCGCGGUGCUUCGGUUUUCUCGUUUGUGGAGUGCGACGCUUCUGACAACGGCUGAGGCAGUUUAUGAGGAUCGUGUAAGAGCCGCAGCAUGAAUCUACCGGUGCUGUGGCGCUUCGCCACACUGCUCCUCAUGGGAUGCAGUCUCGGCAUGUCUGAAGAUGAUACGAUGGGCCCGAUUUUCAACCGUGAACCUCCAAACAGAGUGGAUUUUUCAAACACAACUGGUGCAGUAGUUGAGUGCUCAGCUAGAGGAAACCCUACACCUGACAUAAUAUGGAUAAGAGCUGAUGGAUCAGCAGUUGGAGAUGUCCCUGGUUUGAGACAGGUUAUGCCCAAUGGAAACUUAGUUUUCCCACCAUUUCGAGCCGAAGACUACCGACAGGAGGUACAUGCACAGGUUUACGUGUGUCUGGCAAAAAAUUCAGUUGGUUCUAUUCAUUCAAGGGAUGUUAAUGUCAGAGCAGUUGUUUCACAGUACUACGUUACAGAGGCUGAAAAUGAGUAUGUGAUCCGUGGUAACAGUGCUGUUAUGAAAUGCAAGAUUCCUAGUUUCGUAGCAGAUUUUGUGACUGUUGACUCAUGGAUUGCAGAUGAUGGAACAGUUCAUACUCACAAUACAGCUAAUGACUAUGAUGGAAAGUACAUAGUUUUACCAUCGGGUGAAUUACAUAUCAGAGAUGUAGGACCUGAAGAUGGUUACAAAUCAUAUCAGUGUCGUACAAAACACAGACUUAGUGGAGAAACACGACUAAGUGCAACAAAGGGCCGUCUUGUCAUCACUGUGUCUGUGGGUAGUGUUCCCCCUCGUCUUCCACCGAGAGGCAAAUCUGACAUACUUUUGAAGGAUUAUGGUUCACAGAUUGUUUUAAUGUGUGAGGCCCAAGGUCAACCAGUCCCUGUUUUCAGCUGGCUACACAUGACCAGUGUUUAUCUCUCAAUUCUAGAACCAAUUGGCAGUACUCCUCCCCAUUUGCCGCAUGCAGUGAAAGUGGGUGCAGCUUUGGGUUAUUUACAUAACUCAGCUGUUAUGCUUUGCAAUGCUCAAGCUAGUCCAGUCCCCUUGUUCAGAUGGUACAAGUAUAUAGAUGGGACAACCCGUAAACAACCAGUAACUUUGGAUGAGCGUGUCAAACAAGUCAGUGGGACAUUGAUUAUCAAGGAGGCAAAAGUGGAUGACUCUGGAAAAUAUCUGUGUGUUGUAAACAACUCUGUUGGAGGAGAAAGUGUGGAGACAGUCCUUACUGUCACAGCUCCACUUGCAGCAAGUGUAGAACCGCAGACUCAGACUGUAGAUUUUGGACGUCCUGCUACAUUUAAAUGUAACUUUGAAGGAAAUCCAAUUAAAACUAUUAGCUGGUUGAAAGAUGGUAAACCACUUAAUCAUAAAGAACCAAUCCUAACAAUUGAAUCUGUUAAGAAGGAAGACAAGGGAAUGUAUCAAUGUUUCAUUAGGAAUGAUCAAGAAAGUGCUGAAGCAAGUGCAGAAUUAAAACUUGGUGGAAGGUUUGAACCUCCCCAGUUACGCUAUUCAUUCCCGGAGGACACUUUACAGCCUGGUCCAUCUGUCUUUCUAAAAUGCAUUGCCUCUGGUAAUCCAACACCUGAAAUAACAUGGGAGCUGGAUGGCAAGAAACUCUCCAAUAGUGACCGUUUGCAGGUUGGUCAAUAUGUAACGGUUAAUGGUGAUGUUGUGUCACAUCUCAACAUCUCUUCUACUCAUACAAAUGACGGAGGCCUCUACAAGUGCAUUGCAUCUUCCAAAGUGGGAUCUGUUGAACAUUCAAACAGGUUAAACAUUUAUGGACUUCCUUUUAUCCGUCCAAUGGAGAAGAAAGCUAUUGUUGCAGGGGAAACACUAAUAGUCACCUGCCCAGUUGCAGGCUACCCUAUCGAGUCAAUUGUGUGGGAAAGAGAUGGAAGAGUGCUUCCAAUAAACAGGAAACAAAAAGUUUUUCCUAAUGGUACUCUGAUAAUUGAAAAUGUUGAACGGCUGUCUGACCAAGCAACUUACACAUGCGUAGCUCGCAAUUCUCAAGGUUACAGUGCAAGAGGAACACUGGAAGUGCAAGUAAUGGUUCCUCCAAAAACGAUGCCUUUUUCAUUUGGGGAUAAACCUUUUCAUACUGGCCAAUCAGCCACUCUUCAGUGUACCUUUGUAGAUGGUGACUUGCCUAUAGAUAUUGUGUGGACUUUCAAUGGGCAACCAUUGAUCCCAGACAUGGGAGUAUCGACAGCAAAACUCACUCGUCGUGUCAGUGUGCUGACAAUAGAAACAGUGAAAGACACACAUGUUGGAAAUUAUUCAUGUAGAGGCAGAAACACUGCUGGUGAAGCUAGUUAUUCAUCUGUGUUGAAUGUUAAUGUGCCACCAAGAUGGAUUUUGGAACCAACAGACAAAGCAUUUGCUCAAGGAAGUGAUGCAAAAGUUGAAUGCAAAGCUGAUGGUUUUCCAAAGCCUCAAGUGACAUGGAAGAAAGCUGCUGGUGACACACCUGGAGAUUAUAAUGAUCUUAAGCCCAACAACCCCAAUAUAAGAGUGGAGGAUGGAACACUGUCAAUAAAUAACAUACAAAAAACUAAUGAAGGCUAUUAUUUAUGUGAAGCUGUAAAUGGCAUUGGGUCAGGAUUGUCUGCUGUUAUUUUAAUCAGUGUGCAAGCUCCCCCUCAUUUCGAGAUCAAAUUGCGUAACCAGACAUCACGUCGUGGGGAACCAGCUGUCCUGCAAUGUGAAGCUAGAGGUGAAAAACCAAUUGGUAUCUUGUGGAAUAUGAAUAACAAACGCCUUGAUCCCAAGAGUGACAAUAACAGAUACACGAUCAGAGAGGAAAUACUUCCUAAUGGUGUUUUGUCUGACCUGAGCAUAAAACGAACUGAGAGAGAGGAUUCUGCUCUGUUCACAUGUGUUGCUACAAAUGCAUUUGGGAGUGAUGAUACAAGCAUUAAUAUGAUUGUUCAAGAGGUUCCGGAAGUACCUGACGGCUUGAAAGUUCUGGAUAAAUCUGGCCGAUCUGUUCAGUUGUCUUGGGCUGCACCAUAUGAUGGAAAGUCUCCAAUCAAGCGUUAUCUUAUUGAAUUCAAACAUGCAAAAGGAACAUGGGAAAAUGACAUAGAUAGAGUACUUGUUCCUGGUCAACAAACAGUUGCUGGUGUCUUCAACCUUAAACCUGCCACAACGUAUCACUUGCGUAUUGUAGCUGAGAACGACAUAGGAACUUCCGAUCCAUCUGAUACAGUUACGAUUAUAACAGCUGAGGAAGUACCCAGUGGUCCACCAAUGAAUGUUAAGGUUGAAGCUGAAGGUCAACAUACAUUGAAGAUUUUGUGGAAACCUCCAGAACGGGAUCAAUGGAAUGGAGAGAUACUUGGUUAUUAUGUGGGUUACAAGGCAGCAUCAGCUGACACACCAUAUUUGUUUGAAACUGUUGAAUUCAGCAAAGAAGAAGGCAAAGAGCAUCAUCUUCAGAUAACUGACCUGAAGACAUACACUCAGUAUGCUGUAGUAGUCCAAGCUUUCAACAAAGUCGGUGCUGGCCCAAUGUCAGAAGAAGUGCGUCAGUACACAGCUGAGGGCAUCCCAGAGCAACCACCUCAGGAUACGACCUGCACCACUCUCACCUCCCAGACAAUCAGAGUGUCGUGGGUGUCUCCACCACUCAGCACUGUGAAUGGAGUCAUUAAGGGAUACAAGGUUGUUUAUGGCCCCAGUGAUAGCUGGUACGAUGAUAACACCAAAGACACAAAAAUAACAUCUGCAAGUGAGACUAUACUACAUGGGCUGAAAAAAUACACAAAUUAUAGCAUGCAAGUUCUUGCCUAUACUUCUGGAGGAGACGGUGUCCGCAGCCCCCCAAUUCAUUGUCAAACUGAGCAGGAUGUUCCAGAAGCACCAAAUGCUGUAAAGGCUUUGGUAAUGUCAAGUGAAUCAAUCCUUGUUAGCUGGAAACCUCCAGAGCAACCAAAUGGAAUUGUUACUCAGUACACAGUCUAUGUUAAGGAAGACAGUGAAGCAGCAAAGGAGGAGGAACCCAAAAGUCAGAAGGUACCCCAAUAUCAAAUGAGCUAUGAAGCUUCUGGGCUUAAGAAGAAAGAGCGAUAUGAAUUUUGGGUGACAGCAUCAACUAUAAUUGGUGAAGGUCAACCUUCAAAACCUGUCUCUUUGUCACCUAGCCCAAGAGUUCCAGCAAAAAUUGCAUCAUUUGAUGACAACUUCACAGCAACCUAUAAGGAAGACGUGAAAUUGCCUUGCCUUGCAGUUGGUAUUCCUCCUCCAGAAAUUGUUUGGAAAGUGAAAGGACUUGCUUUUCAGCCAGAUGACAGAAUUCGACAGUUGCCUGAAGGGUCACUCUUCAUUACAUCUGUAACAAGGCAAGAUGCUGGAGAAUACACAUGUACUGUGGAAAAUUCCUUUGGUCAAGACACUGUUACUCACAGAUUGGUUGUGCAUGCACCACCUCAUAAACCACAAGUCACUUUAACAUCUACUACAACAAACUCAAUCACAAUAAAGUUACGUCCACAUCCAACGGAUAAUGCACCUUUACAUGGAUAUACUAUUCAUUACAAGCCAGAAUUCGGUGAGUGGGAAACAGUACAGGCUGGCAGCCAGACACAGACUUUCACCAUUGAGAAUCUCUGGUGUGGCUCACGUUACCAGGUGUAUGUCACGGCUUAUAAUGGAAUUGGUACUGGAGAUGCCUCAGACAUUUUGAAUACAAAAACCAAGGGUGCAAAACCUGGUAUACCAGAAGCUAGUCGUUUCAUUGAAGUUUCAUCUGGCAGUAUCACUUUACAUUUAAGUGCAUGGUCUGAUGGUGGCUGCCCAAUGCUGUACUUUGUUGUUGAACACAAGAAGAAGUCACAGACAGAAUGGAAUCAGGUGUCUAACAAUGUGAAACCAGGUGGCAAUUUUGUUGUUUUGGACCUGGACCCAGCUACUUGGUAUCAUCUUCGUGUCACUGCUCAUAAUAAUGCAGGUUUCGCUGUGGCUGAGUAUGAAUUUGCUACAUUAACUGUGACUGGAGGGACCAUCCCACCUCCUGAGAGAGAACUGACAGCUGUUAAUAAAUAUUUUCCUUGGCUUCCUGACUGGCUGGAUUUGAAUGUCAUUGUGCCACUGGCUGCUACUAUUGUUGUCAUCAUUGUCGGUGUUGUUGUUAUAUGCGUUGCAAUAUCUAGACGAUCAAGAGGACCAGAGCAGACAAGAUUACGUGAUGAUGUAGUGUACAACCAGUCUGCCGGAGGCAACGCUACAGUGGACAAGCGCCGACCGGAUCUGCGCGAUGAGCUCGGCUACAUUGCACCACCAAAUCGCAAGCUGCCUCCUGUACCUGGAUCCAACUACAACACCUGUGACCGUAUCAAGAGAGGUACAGUAAUAAGUCACCCAGGCUCAUUUCGCAGUCAUGCUACCUGGGAUCCCCGCCAUCCCAGGCACAUGUAUGAGGAACUCAGCCUGCAUCCCCCUGGUUCGGGCAUCCGUAAGUUCUCAGGCCACCCUGGAUCUGAUGAAGCUCUCUACAGCCGUGCUGGAGGCAUGGAGGAUGAGAUAUGCCCAUAUGCUACAUUCCAUUUGCUAGGAUUUCGUGAAGAAAUGGAUCCCAACAAGGCAAUGCAGUUUCAAACCUUCCCACAUCAGAAUGGACAUGAACGAGCACACAGUGGUACCAUAGGACCAGUGGGCCCCGGCAGUAUGGCAGGAAAUGGUCACAUUCAUCAGCGGACAGGAUCGCAGUCGAUGCCUAGAACUAAUGGUCGCUAUUCACGAGUAAAUAGCCAGAAUGGCCCUGGAUCCAACUUUUCUCCUGGUCCAGAAUAUGAUGAUCCAGCAAACUGUGGUACAGAAGAAGACCAGUAUGGCAGCCAGUAUGGACAAUAUGGAGCCCCAUACGAUCAUUAUGGAAGCCGUGGCUCAGUAAGCAGAAGGAGUGUUGGUUCUGCUCGCAAUCUGCCAAUGUCUGGGAGUCCGGAACCACCACCUCCUCCACCUCGUAACCAUGACCCAAAUAACUCAUCUUUUAAUGACUCCAAAGAGAGUAAUGAAAUAUCAGAGGCUGAAUGUGAUCGUGACCAACUAGUAAAUAGAAAUUAUGGAGUCAGUGUAAGAGCCCACAACAAGGACAUGACCACUGAGGAAAUGAGAAAGCUGAUUGAGAGAAAUGAAGCAGGGCAUCACCAACAAAACGGAUUCGCAGUCACACCCUACGAUACUGUGGCAGUGUAACCUGUAGUUGCAAAGAAGUGCAUCUAGAAAGACAUCGGCAAGACCUGUGCCAUAAAAAACAUUAUACCCUGCUGUGUGAAGAAGCUUUGAAUGGAAAUAUUUAAUAAGCAUCAAUUGUGUGUGAACGUUAUUCAGUGUUUUCAUGUUCUUUCUUUUAUCUUUAUCCACAUUAGAAAUUAAAGUAUUUAUAAAAUAUUCAUUGUAAUGCAUUGAUAGAAAAUAUAUCCAUUCUCAGCUGUGAAUGGUAAGCUCUUGGAUAUUAACAGUUUUAGGAUAAUGUACAGCAGGGCUAUAAUUUUAAUUGGCAGUAGUGCAAGACGACUCAUCCAAAGGUUGCAACCAAACAGACUUUCUCAUAUACAGAAGUCUUUGUUUUAGGAAGACCAAAAUACAAUAUAUGUAUUGUAAUAACUUCUUUCCACCCAUGUUCUAUGAUAUAUGUGCAUUUUCAGCCUUUGUUACACUGUGUUUUCUUUAAAACAUUAAAGAUGACAAUGUUGAUAAAGAGAAUGGCUCAACUUUGUGGCAUGUGAUAUUUUGUCAUAAUGGUACUAUUAUGUAUGUUUUUACAUGUUUUUGAAAUGGGAAUGAAAUGAGAGUGAAAGAAUCUUAAUAAAUGCUGUGUGGUGUGUAUCAUAACCUACUUUAUCAGAAAGGGCAAACACUUAGCUUUCCUUGUUGCAAAACGAAUUAGUGGAAACAAUUAGGACACAUACUGUAUAUCAUUAAAUUAUUUUCGUAAUCAUAUACAUAUAUAAAUACAAAUAUAUAUACAUAAAUCUUAUUGCCAUUACUGUUUCUGUAUAUUGCUAAGCUCCUCUUUAAAUGUUUGUGAUGAACUGCUAAUUUCAGAUUCUAAGACUUUCUUUUCUCGAUUUCACAGAAUUUCAGUUCUAAAACAUUUAUGUGAGAUGUGUAAACAGUGUGUGUUCUGCUCUUGUUCUGCAAAUACUGUACAAUGUUUAUAAUAAUAAAUGCCACAGCUUGUAUUCUUAUAUGUUGAACAGUCUUCACUGUAAUCGUAUGUCUGUCAGUGCUAGUGUUUCGAAUGUUUUUACAUAUUUUGUCAUAAGUGAUAAAGACUCCAAUGAUGUAUGCUGCUGCACAAGAAGCAGAGACACCUGUGUAGACAACAGGCAGAGACUAAGCCAUUUGUGUACCAGAUUUCACUUUUUAUAGCUUCAUAAUUGCUGACAUCAACACUUUAAAUGAAAUAGUGAUGCAAAACUGAAAUUCAGAUACUUAAUUUAUAGCAGUAUUUGUAUCUUCUUUAAAAAAUUAUUGACAUGUUAUGCAGGCCUUCUGUAAGUGUUUAAUUCAGUUCCUUUAAAAUUCAAAAUUUAUAUUCAUCAAGCUUGUUCUUAUACAUAUAGGGAACAAAAUCAUACUGGAUUCUUUCUUUUGUUUCUAGCUUGAGAAGAUAAACAAAAUUCUUAACUUUCUUCAAAAAUUGUAUACAGUUUAAUAAACAGAAAAAUUAAUAGGUUAAUUUACCUAUGUAAUAUAUCUAGGCUCAUAAAAGUAACUAUUAUAUUCUUACAAUAGCCAAAUCAUUAGCAGAUAACUGAUAAGCAAAAGUGAAAUACUAUCAGUCUGCUUAUAACAGACCUUAAGGUACAUUUCCAAAAAUCAAGAUAAAAUUGUCUUAUGGCUAUAUUACUGCUACUCAUAAAUUUAUAAAUAAAUGUAAUGAUGGUGUAUAAGUGCUUAUAAAACUGCAUUUACAAUUUAGGUAAAGUUUUCAGUAAUUUCUCUCAAUGAAUGUGAUAACUCACAUUACUUGAAUUUCAGUUUUCUGGAGUGUUAUUUUCAUUUUGGUCAGCCCCAACAUUUCAAUGACAUUUGUGUGACUUACGUGAUAAUAUCAAUGACUGAAACUAAUUUAGUUGGUAUAAGCAAGUGCCUUGCAUUACAUUUGUAACAUUAAAGAUUUAUAAUCUCCAUUUUCGUAAUUAUUGUUGAUGAUGUAAUAUCUGUUUUUACAUUUGUUAAGUAUGUUAAGAAAUUGUAGCAGAAAAUGUAAUGCAGGGCAUUUUUAAAAUUUUAUAAUAAAAUUUGUAAAAAAAGGAAGCAGAUUUGAAGUCAGUCUGAUUUGUUAGGUUAGUGGAAAUUAUCUUUAUAAAUCCACUUGCUUGGUUCUUGUGUAAAUAUGCGUAAUUCUUGUUUUUAUGCAUCUGCUUAUUCAGGUAUCAAUAUUGAAAAACUGUUUCUCUGCUCCCCCUGUUUUUUGAGGGAUUGUAGUGUGAAACAAGUUAUUUGUACCAAAGUUGUAGAA